AUGCCCCCCCGCAACAGCAGUCGCCGGGACGACAGCCCGGAACGCCCAGACUCCCGGGAACGCCCGACAAGGCGACGGAAAUCUACCCCAGGCCACGCUGCCAAGUUUGGCUCCCUGUCAGCCGACCUCCCCCCGGUUCGCGGCGCUCCCAAGACCGGAAAGCCUCCCAGCGUGGCCAGCAUACCAACCCAACCGACAGGCGUAGAGGCAGACAGCGACUACUACGACGACGCCGACGACGGCGAUCACCACCACGCAGACGACUUGUCGGAUCCCCAGGACCCGCCAGCUCCGACAAGCCCGCAGGACCAGGGGGAACGGUAUAGGAGCACGCUGGUUCUCCUACGGAAGCUUCAGAGAGCCACGCACGAGCUGGAACAGCGGCUCAUCAACGGCGACCACGGGAACGCGGCGUUUGCCGCCUUGCUGGAUAUCGAGCGCUGCACCUUCCGCGACACCGUGGAAGCGUUUAAAAACGUCGACGCGGCGUUCGGCGCCGGCGAUGCGCGCAUGCCGUUCAUCGGCUUCGCGUGGCUGGAGGAAUGGGGCGCGCGCAUAGAAGCGGACACCGGCCCGCACAUCCGGGCCCUGAUACGGGCCAACUUGAUGCUCACCCUUCUCAGCAUCCAGCGGUUCGACGGGGAGGCCGGCCUAGACGCCCCGUUCCUCGAGCGCCUGGAUGCGGCCUUUCCGCAGUACUUUUGCGAACCGCGAAACACGUCGCGCCCCUGCAGACUGGCGUUGCUCGUGCGCACAUGCCGCCUGCUCGGGCUGCUCGCCUCCCAGCCGGACCAAGACAUGGCACGCGCGAGGGAAGCCAUCGCUUCCGUCUUCUACUGCCGCCGCCGUUCUGGUACUGAUUUCACGUUCAAGAGCCUCACCUCUGAGGAUGAGGAGGAAAACGACGGCUUGGAAAAACUAAACAUAGCCAGCCGGGUCCGCGAAGUGGAAGCAGCCCUCCAGGACCAGGGAAGCGACGGUAUACGCCAACUCGCGAACAAGUACUCCGAGACGCUGUCCGCAAGACUUUGGGAAUGGUAUAGCGACAUGUUGCCUCCGAAGGACCUUGGGCAGCAAACCCCCGAAAGAGCGAGCACAUUCGAAGGCGCAGCGGAGACGCGGGAGCCUGCUUGGUCCGGCUCCUAUGCCGGCAGCAACGGCAUCAGGCGCCCCCCACCAGGCGCUGACAAAACGACAUCCCUGCUCGGGCACGGACUGAGACGCUCGGUGGCUCCAGCCGACGCGCCAGAUGAUCACCCGACCCGGACCGAAGAGCUCUUGUACAGCAACCCUGAGCCGCCGGAAGAACACGACGACGACGAUGACGACGACGACGACGACGCCGCCUGGUAUCAAACAGACACCCGAGACGUCGGCGACGCAGACAGGCGCCGAGCCCAGCUGCAAGCGCGACAUGACGCAGCGCGGCCCACCAUCACCAGUGAAGACUACGCCCGCAUGGAUGAGGAAAAGGCCCGCCUCGCCGCCCGCGUGCGCGCCCGCCGCAUGCGCGGCCCGUCGCCCCCCCGCGAGCGCUCCCCGUCCCCGCCCCCCGGCACCCGACAGCGCCACCGAUGGCCCUUGCACGACACGGAGCGCCUCAUCAGGCUCGUCAACACCGAGAAGGCUUCCUGGCGCAGGAUUGAAGCGAGGCACGGGCACGAGUUUUGCCACAGACGGAACCAUCAGGCCUUCCGGGAUAAGGCGCGCAACCUCAAGGUGGACUUCCUGCUGACGGACAGGGUCCUGCCCCCGUACUUUGACAACGUGGCGCUGGGGGGGAAGGAGAUCAGCAAGCUCAAGGCCAGCGGCAAGAACCCCUUCCGGCAAGAGGCGGACUUGGAUUCGCACGGGAGGCCCAUCAACACGUCGUAUAGGAGAGCUUGA